AUGAUCCAUGGUAUUGGUCAUUCUAAGCAAUGCAAGGCAUGGUUUAGCAUUACAAUAGUGUAUGGGUUCAAUGAGGACAACAAAAGGAAGCAGUUAUGGGAGGAUUUAAAAGAAGUCUCAGCUCAAGUGCAGGGGCCGUGGUUACUAGUUGGAGACUUCAACGACAUCUUGUUCUCUAAGGAAAGAGUUGGAAGGAGAAGUACUAAAGCACCUACCCAAGAAUUUAGAGAUUGUGUGGAUUAUUGUCAACUAGAGGAUUUAAAAUUCUCUGGCGCUUUCUUCACCUGGAAUAAUAAGCAACAGCCAGAAUUCAGAGUCUGUUCUAAGAUUGAUCGUGCCUUGGUCAAUUCUGCAUGGGCUGAGUCCUUUCCUUUUUCUGAGGCAGUCUUCUUAUCUGAAGGUAUUUUUGAUCACAGCCCCAUCUUAGUCUCUUUACACCAAGAUGUUGUUUGCGGAAAAAAGCAUUUUAGGUACUUUAGUAUGUGGAAAGGUGCUGGAAAUUUUGAUGAGAAAGUAGCUCAAAGCUGGAAUGAAGGAGUUGUAGGAACUGAGAUGUUUAAACUGACCACGAAAUUGAAGAGAUUGAAGCAGGUACUCAAGAGUAUUAAUAAGGAGGGUUUUAAUGAUCUGCAACAGCAAGCAACCGAAGCUCAGAAAGCAUUACUGGAGUUGCAAGGUCGAAUUAAUAAUGACCCUCUUAACAGUCACCUUCUGUUCGAGGAACAAACAGCCAGGGAGAAGUUUAUUAAGAUGUCUAAAGCAUACUCUAUUUUCUUAGCUCAAUAA